AUGAACUUUUAUCAACAUGCUGGACGAAUUCUCGAUAAACUUGCAAGACAUGAAGGCACUAUAAAAGGUCUCGUCAUUGGCGAUCCAAAAGUACAAGAUAAAAAGAAAAUGUACGCUCUUGUUUGUGAGACUUUGAAAUAUAAGCAGGUGUUGAACGAACUGAUUGAUUCUACCAAGAUUUGUGAAAUUGAGAAAAAGUUGAAGCGAUCUUUGGCUCUCGUGUUGAUUCAUGAUUUAUUGUUUACAAAAAGAGGAAUCACUGUUCGUAACGAAGUGCCACUAAAGCAAUGUGUCAUACGUCACCAAGCAAGAUUAAAAGCUGAACUCAUCAAGAUCAAGAUCAAAAGAGGUGUGACAUCAAAUGAAGAUUUGGUGAGUCAAAAAGUAAAAGACGCUGUUUUAAUUCCAAGGUAUGCACGUGUUAAUGAACACAAGACAACAGUUGAGAAAGCAAUCAAGGCAUUUGAAAAAGAAGGUUAUGUGCUGAUAAAGUGUCCUGAAAACCUUUGUGAAUUAAAACAAAAGGAGUUUUGUAUUGAUCAACAUUUACCUGAUAUGCUUAUCUUUCAUCAAAGAACAGACUUCCAUGACCAUACUUUAUAUAGAUCAGGUCAUAUCAUACUUCAGGAUAAGGCAUCUUGCUUUCCUGCUCAUGUAUGUCAUCCUCCUCAAGGCGCUCAUGUCAUUGAUGCCUGUGCAGCGCCAGGAAAUAAGACCUCACAUUUGUCAGCACUCAUGAAGAACACAGGCAAGAUCUGGGCGUUUGAUUUAGAUUCUCGUCGAUUAGGCCUACUCAAGAGGCUAACAGGGAAAGCAGGAUGUAAAAGUGAGUUGAUACCCCCAAAAAAGCGAUCCAAGAAGAUAGCUAAUGGCUUGAUAGAUAUCACACCGAUUCAUGGCUCAUUCUUGGAUGCGGAUCCGAAUGACCCACAAUAUUCUCAGGUAGAAUAUCUUCUUUUAGAUCCUUCUUGUUCUGGAUCAGGCAUUAUAAGCAGACUGGAUCACUUGGUAGAUGAUGAAGACGAAAAUGAGGGUAGCAACGACAAGAAUGGUAGCACACAGGAAGAGAGAUUGAAGAAUCUAUCCGAAUUUCAGAUAUCGGUCAUAGAACACGCUUUGAAAUUCCCUAAUGCAAAGCGUGUCGUUUAUUCUACUUGUUCAGUCCACGCCGAAGAAAAUGAGCAUGUCGUAAAGACAGUACUGAAAAAUAACCCUGAAUUUGAAUUGGCUUCACGUGACACAGUUCUACCCACCUGGAAUCGUCGCGGUAUGCCAAAAGAGAUGGAUGGGGAUGAAGCUUUAGCUGAUCGCGUCGUACGCACGAUACCCGCGGAAGAUUUGACUAAUGGCUUUUUUGUGUCUUGCUUCAUAAGAAAGACAAGCGAAGGCUUAAAGAGAACUAUAGACGAGAUUGAAACAGUACAAGAAACCAAACCAAAUAAGAAGAAGAAAAAGAACAACAACAAGAAGAAGACAAGUUUGACUGCUGAAUAA